AUGUCAUCUUCUACUCGUCGGGGGUUGAGCGUUUCUACUGCACGCUGGAGAAUAGGAUCCAAGACUUGGAAUCCUGGAAAUCUGACGCGGCGCAUUACUAUCCUAUUCUCUGAUAUCCUCGCUGGUGAUGAUGCCAAUACUUUUGCUCUACUGGGAAAGCUCCAUGAGCACUGUCCCAAUUCGAGGAUCGUAACUACUUUUAUAUACUUCCGCGGGCCGAGUAGAGCGUCCCCGAUCGACCUAGGAUGGGCACGCAAUUUGAAGCAGGCGAAUUUGCAGACGCGCACCUUUUCCACCCACAGUCUGGUCUCACUUGCCGAGAAGAAUCCCGAGUUGGAGACAUUGGCUCUCCUCGCUGAGCGGCCGGGAAACGUCCAAGGCACCCUACGGACAAACGUUGAAUUUCCUCAACUCAAGCGAUUUUUCAUCUCCUGCGAUAACGUUUUUUCCCAUCUCUCCUCUCCGAAGUUAGAGUGGCUUGGACUUUGUCUUCGCCAGCCAUCAAAUAAGGGACUCACCGGCUUCUUGUGGGGUAACUCUGCCAAUCUCACCUACCUUCAUCUCAAUAUCCUCGAUGUAGCCGACGAGGAGCUACCUCGGGCACUCCACCUCAUCUACCUCUGUCCACGUCUCCAAACCCUAUCUUUGGAAGGCGAUCCUAUCUGCAAUAACAGCGUCGAGCCACGCGAGCCCCAUGCGUCUCUACAGCACCUCAUUCUCCACCUUGAUUCCCCUUAUCAAGUAGGCGAUUGGUUAAGAAUGUUCGGGCUUGUCCUUGGGCGAAGACCGCUGUUAACCUUUAUGACAAUCAAAUUUCGACUCUUUCGCGGGUAUAGGGCUAUCAUUCUGGAGAUAAUCGCCAGGGACUGUGGGAAACUUGACUCGGCUCUGGUAUUCGAGGAGCUUCACUAG